AUGUCCAACUAUUUGAGAGCAAAUUUUUUAAGGAAAUUAAAACCAAACUUAUCAUCAUUAUCAGCAACGAUAACUACAGCUAAUAGCGCCAAAUGCAAUAUUAAUAAUAAAACAACAUUAUUUUUAACGAAUUCAUCAUUAAAACCAAAAUUAUUUAAUAAUAAUAAAAAUUAUUUUACUACAUUUAAUAAAAAUUUGGCGACCAGAUUAAAGGAAGAGAUUAAAUACGAGAAAGAGAGUGAAUCGUUAGAAAAACAACCUGAAUUUAUAAAAGAAUUUCUAGAUAAUAAUCCGUUCAAGAUUGAAGACAAACAAGGAAGUAAUGAAGUUAAACUUACUAGAACAUUUGGAAAUGAAAAGAUCCGUUUAUUGUUUGAUGUUUCAUUUAAUGAAAAUCAAUCCGACCAAUUUGAUUUUCCUGAAGACGAAGAAGAAAGUGGCGUUGAAUCUGAAAAUACAGAUGAUGACUUGGAUGAUGAUGAAAAUGCUUCCGAUGGUUCAAUGGUUACCAGAUGUAAUAUUAUUAUUGAAAAGGAUAAUCACGGAGCAUUAGGAUUUGAGACAUCAGUAUCAGAUGGUAUCUUUAUUAUAAAUUAUGUGACAUAUUACAAAGAUGCCAAAUUAUCUUAUGAUUGGUCUGCAGAGGCGGAUUGGAAGAGAAGAGGACAUUAUCCUGGCCCACAAUUUGAAACUUUAGACAAUGAGUUACAAGCCCUUUUUGAAAAAUAUAUAGAAGAGCGUGGCAUUGACACAGCAGUCGCGUUAUUUAUACAAAGUUACGUGGAAUAUAAAGAUCAACGAGAAUAUGUUAAUUGGCUUGAAAAAGUUGAAAAGUUUAUUGGUACCCCAUAA